UCCACCACCAUCGAGGCAGGAUGUACGGCGGUGCUCUCCCUCCUCCUCCACCUCCUGAGUAUUCCUGGCGGGCAGCGAUGAGCAAGCAGAAGAGACGCAACGCCUUCUUCUUCUACUUCAUGAUGGCCAUGAAACCCGAAGUGGAGGAGCGGCUCAAGAGAAAGGUGGAGAUGGCCAAGCUGGUGACGGCGGAGUGGCAGGCACUCCCAGAGGAACAGUGGAAGAAGUACCAGCUGAUGACCGGAGAAAGCAGGGAGAGGCUGGAUUGCCGAGGGGUGACGCUGCGCUGCCUUGACGAGGCUGCCCAGGAGAAAAAGCACCAGGCCGAGGAGAUGAAGAGGGACAUUGUCGACUUGGUGGACAUUAUGUGUGUGUGUGUGUGUGUGUGUGUGUGUGUGUGUGUGUGUGUGUGUGUGUGUGUAUCACAACCUAGUUCAGACCUCACCAAAGCAUGCAUUGUGUUCAAGUGAUCUCAUACAAGCAAGCAUAUUAAACCGGCAGCAGCGACGGGUCAAAUUUGUGCCAUGAUAUAAUUAUACCUCCCAAAAUAGAUGAUGCAUAAACUGAUCACAAAUGCUUUGAUAUAUAUUAUGAAAUGGUUUGUGUGAGGGGUGAUUUUUUCUCAUUUUUCUCGCUCAGAGGGACCAUUAAGAAACAUGAUCCACCACCGCCUGGUUAAUAUGUGCCGCCGACGAUCUGUUCAGCAGGAUGCAGCGUGCUCUGAGGCGACCCCGGGCAGGAGGCAACAUGUGACCUCGUGCGCCAAACCUUUGACCUC